AUGCUUGUCUUGUCGGUAAUCACUUCAGUUCUUGGUUUAUGCUCAAGCUUCGCUCUUGGGUUUACCAAUCCAAUAAGAACAGGAAGUGACCCUCAUAUCGUCUAUCAAGAUGGAAUGUACUAUCUAACCUCGACAACAUGGACCAACGUCAGCAUCACCAAAGCCCCAACCAUCGAAGGCCUUAAGACCGCCGAGUCCCAACUCAUUUGGUCUGACAGGUCCAAUGCUACUAGAGCGUGCAACUUCUGGGCUCCUGAGAUGCACAAAGUUGGUGAUACCUGGUACGUGUACUUCUCAGCAAGUAUAUGUGACGAGGGCAAUUGGGGUGUUAUGCUGCCAACUUUGAGAGUAUACGUUCUUAAAGGUGGCAAGGAGAAUCCGUUGUCGGCGGAUUAUGAGAUGCUGGAUGCAAUCAUUCCUCCUAACUUCAAUGCUGGGAUGCUUGAUGCCACCAUCUUUGAGAUUGAAGGCACCGAGUAUUUCCUUUUCUCUUCCGUCGAAGGACCCAAGAGCCCUGAUGGUGCCUCUCUUUGGAUCGCCAAACUUCUAUCACCCACAACAUGCGGCAACGCCACAAUGAUCGCACACCCGGAAUUCGAGUGGGAGAAGUCCGAUUCGCCCGUUCUUGAAGGACCUUAUGGAAUUAUCUCCCCGGCUGGAACAACUUAUGUAGUCUACGCUGCUGACUCCUGCAACACACCCGCCUACAAACUUGGUGCCAUGAAAUUCACAAAAGGUUCUGAUCCGCUUAGCGCAGACUCUUGGACCAAGUUACCUGAUCCCAUCUUCGAGACGAAAAAUGGACUUUAUGGACCUGCGCAUAACGCAUUCUUCAAGAGUCCUGAUGGUACAGAGGAUUGGAAUGUCUUCCAUGCUAAUCUCAACGCGGAAGAUCGUUGUGGUCCCUCGAGAAAGACGCUUAUUCAACCGCUUAGUUGGAAGGGUGAUAUGAUUGAUCUGGGCGAGCCACUUCCUGUUGGCACAGAAAUCAAGGCCCCUUCUGGGGAGUGA